AAUGACAGUGCGAAACGCUUAGCAAGAACCAUCCAUGAGAAGGAUGGACAAGAGCCGUGAGGGUGAGCGGGGGGAGAAAUCCAGAGGAGGCUUGCCCCCAGGGAUGGACCCAGCCACUGCUGCACUCUAUGCUCCAUGGCUACACCAAGAGCAGGCAUUACUCUCCAACAUGUUUGGGAGUGGUGGCUUGGGUGCAUAUGGGGCUGCUGCUGCUGCUGCUGGACUCCAGGGAUGGGGAGGACUUCCCCCCGGCUUUCCACCGACGAGUACAGCUGCUGGCCUGGCCAGUUUGGCAGCUGCACAACAGGCGCAGCAAGCUGCUGCAUUGGCUAGUCUUGGACCAGCAGCAGCUGCCUACCAGGAUAGAGCAAUGGGAGAUCAACAUAACCGGUACAGCCAAAGUGGUUUGAGAAGUGGAGCUGCUGUGCAAUCAUAUGAACGAAAUUUCUCCGAGGCUACAGCUGCCUGGUGGAACAUAGCUGGCCUGCAACAGAUGGAAUUGCUGUCCAGAUUGCAGGGUGGCCUAGGAGGUAGCAGUGGGCAGGCUGGCGCAGCAGCUGCAGUUGCUGCGGCUGCAGGGGGUCUUGGGGGUUAUGGGGGACUACAUCCUGAACACCUCAUGAAUCUAGAGAUCCUUCAAGCACAGCAUGCAGCUGCCAUGGCAGCUGCAUUGUCAACCAGCAAGAGUUCAAGUAGCAGUUCAAAAUCCUCCAAAAGUAGUAAAAGUGUAAGUAGCAGUAGUAGCAGCAAUGGCAAAGGAAUCACUAGCACCCUCAGUUACCGAGGCUCUCCUGCAACAACCACCACAACUUACUCAAGUAGAGCGCAGGAACCAUCUAGUAACAGCAGCCGCGCGAGCUUGGAAAUCAGUCGUCUGGCGUCCUCCUCACACUCCUCGUCUUCCAACUCCAGCAGACCUCCAAGCUACCCAUAUAGUACUUCAUCACACCGCUACAGUUCGCCACUAUCAGGCCUUGAAAGCGUCUCUUCGCACCAUUCCGACCUGGGGUCUUCACCAAACCUUUCCUAUGGCAUUGCUACUCUCAUAGCUGAUAAACACCCAUCCCACCACAAGUCUCAUUCUUCUUCAUCUUCAGUCAACAGUUCCUCAACACAAGCAGAGCGGGUUGCCGAGAAACUAGCAAGUAAUGGGAGUGUGUCCAUCUCCAAGGCCAUCCGAAACAAGGAAUUAGAAAUUAUUCCCAUCUCGCCGGCCGGAAAGGGGAGUUCCCAGUCUCAUGGGAGUGCGCCACCUCACCGGGACAAGUCGGAGCCUAAGGUCUCCAUUUCGACGGUUGGCUCUGGAAAUUCUCGAUUGUCGAAUGGUGUCCCAAGCAGUGCAGCCUGGCGUGAGGAAAGUGCUAGUGUAUCUAUUGAGCCAUGUGGAUCUGGGACUCCAACUUCUGCUGACGAUGCACCAUUAAAUCUCUCCAUGAAAGCUCCGUCUUUGAAACCUUCAUCCAAAGGUGUAGACAAAAGAGAGCUCAAGGAAUCCCACCCCAGUUCCCUGAGUCUUUCCCGAAGUGGAGUACCACCCUUCGACUUCCCACAGAACCUCAGUGGGGGCCUUGGCUCAGGUCUCACUCCUAGUCUAGAAGUUCUCCAGAGUCUUUAUGGACAGCCUGGGGAACCACGGGAUGUCUUGGCCUCUAUGCAAGAGGCUCUUCAACGGCAACUUCUUGGGACGGAUGGGAAACGGGAUGAAAAAAAGAAAAGGUUCCACUUUAUUCACCAGAGGGACAAGGCUCACAGGCAGUCUUUUUAUCAGAUGGAGGAUGCUCAGGAACGGGCACGGCAUCUAGGGCGAGGAGUCUCCAAACCGAAGAAAAACACAGUUGCUUCAUUACUGGAGCAGUGUCGUGCAGCAGGCAUAAAGCCUUCAAGCCUACCUCUGCCUCCAACUACCUCCAUUGCUGCUACUCCAGUCACUACCUCUCCACCCUUACAUGUGGCAUGUCCGCGAACGGGGGAAUCUCUCUCCAUCACCUCGACGUCUCCAACAUUUAAUUCAUCGUCUUCGUCUUCUCCUUCGCCAGCAUCACAGUCUCUUCCACCUACCUUAAUACCUGGACUCCCUGCAAACCUUCCUUCAUCAUUGUCUGCCUCUAUUGGGUCACCUGCCCCUCCUCCACCUAUUCCUACCCCUCCAGUGCCCUCUCUCUCAAUUUCUGCAGUUACAACCUCACCUGCUAUCUCUACUGAGCCUACCACUAUUACCACCUCCAGUACAACCUCUACCUCCUCUGUUGUCUCAACACCCAUGACCACCUCAUCUAGUACCUCAUCUUCCACUUCAUCGUCAACAUCAAUAUCAUCAUCAUCAUCAUUAUCAGCAUUAUUAUCAUCAUCAUUAUUAUCAUCAUCAUCAUCGUUAUUAUCAUCAUCGUCUUCAUCAACAACUACAACAUCAACAACAGCAUCACCAUCGAUACUGUCAUUAACGUCAUCAAUAUUAUCAUCGUCAUCAUCAUCAUGUACUACUCAUCCUUCAGUAUCCAUUACUUCAUCAGUGGCCACUCCUCUUCCUGUUUCUCUCCCACCAGCCUUGUCUCUUUCUUCCUCUGUUAGUAUUACUUCUGUCACUCCAGAAACCACCAUGACAUCAAUACUCAAUAAACCAAGUGUCACAAUUCACCCAACCACAUCAACUGCUGAUACCCAAGACAGAGGAAAGGAUCCUGGGGAGGUGGAGAAUUCGGUUGAUAUUGUGGCAGUGAGUCGAGCACAUGAGAAUGGAGGUGACAAGCCAGUAAAAAAACGGCACAUGAUAACUUCUAGUAGUGUAGAUGGGCGCCUUAUCACUACCAUCAAAGCUGCCACAGGUGCCUUGGAUUCUUCAGAACUCAGUGAUUCUGAAUCAGAAGAUGAAUCUACAUCACUUUCCUCCAUUGAUGAUGAGACCAUGAAUCACAUACCCUCGCCAUGGUUAAAACGAGACACACCAGAUUCCCCAUCAGUUCGCAGUGACUCUCCUCCUACCAAAAAACGGAAGAUGAUUACAGAUGAAGUUUCACUUAGAGUUCCCCUGAUGUAUGGCUGGAGAAGAGAGACAACCAUGCGAACGAUUACCCAGUCUGGAGUUCGUGGUGAAGUGAUUUACUAUGCACCAUGUGGCAAGCCAUUUCGUCAAUAUCCUGACAUUAUGAGGUAUCUGGAGAAGAAUGGUAUAAUGGAAGUCACCAGAGAUAACUUCAGUUUCUCAAGUAAAAUACCAAUUGGAGACUACAUUGAUGCCAACACCCAGAAGCGCCACUCAGAAAAUGAAGUCCGUGAGAGCAUCCAACAAAUUCGCCUGCAGAAAGGGUACAGGCCAAUACGUAAAAAUGAUAGAGAUGGCCGAGAUGCCCUAGAAAUAGAAGCGGAAGCCAUUCUUCGGAGGCUAGAAGCAGAAGAAGAGGCUGAAAAGGCACGCAAAGAAUUCAUGAAUCAACUUGAAGAACAACAGCAAAUAAGCUGGCCUGCUGACCUUUUUGGACUGACCCAACAAGACUUGCGAGAUGGAUUACAAAGAGAGCAAGAAAGAGCUAAGAAACAAGAAGAGCUGCGCCGAGAAAAAGAGGAUCUCCGGAAACAAAGAGAGGAGGAGAAUCGUCAAAGACUUUAUGAACAACUUAGAAAAGCUCAGGAAAGAGAACAAGAAAAGCAGAAGCAAAAAUUGCUGAAAGAGCAGUUGUAUCUACAGGAGCUCAACAAACAACGUGAAAUGCUCUACACUCUUGAGCUGGAGCGGGAAAGGCGAAGAUAUCAUGGAGUCCUGGUACGAGCUCUUGAAUCCAGAAAGAGAUACGAAGAGAGAGAAAGACGAAGAGAAGAGAUGAAAGAAGAGAAGAGAGCAAAUAGAGAGAGAAAGCGAGAGGAGCGCCUUCAAGCACGGGAACUAAAUCAGCUAAUGAAGGAAGUGAAGGAGGAUAUGGAACUUACCGACCAUAUUCCACUGCCAGAUGCCCACCGUUUGGAGGGUCUUCGGCUUCCCCCUGAAGCUUUUGGAAACAUUCUAAUGGUCUUUGAGUUCCUACACAACUUUGGGGAGACUUUAGGAUUUGAUAUGGAAUCGCUACCCUCCAUACAGAGCCUGCAAAUGGCUCUAUUAAAUGAUACUGAGAGUGAGGAGGAACUUCUGAGUGUUCUCUCUCACUUGCUUGUUUGUGCCAUUGAAGAUCCUGGUAUUCCUUCCCCUCAAAGACACACAACAAUAUUAGGCCAGACUCUAAAUAGGGCAGAUAUUACUCAUGCGAACAUCUCAGAAAUUUUGAGGGUCUACCUAAAUGCCAAUGCAACAGGCGAGGUUCGUGUUAUUCAUGGGCUAUUGGGUACAGAAAAGGAACGUCGUGAGAAUCCUAAGAAGGGACAGGAUUGGGACUCAAAAUUAGCGGAAGUGGAUGCAUUCAAGAUGUCUCAAUGGCUGUCGCAGCUACCUUUCCUAGCUUUAAAUCCCACUCAAAAGAGUGAGAUUGUAGCCUAUGUUUGCAAUGAGCUGCUCCAGAAUAAAGCUGUUGUGCGGCAAAUUGAGGACUCUCUAGAUAGGCACAAUGGACUCAAGACCGAAAAAUGGAAAUUGGAUGCCCGCAUAAGGAAGCUUCGUAUGAGUGUAGCAAGAAAGAGAAUUUAUAAUGCUGCUAUGAGAUCAAUGAUGGAGCAUCGAGGUGAAGACUCGAACAUGUCCAGUGUGUCUGCCAUCUCUUCUUGUCAAGGAGAGCAGGAUAAAGUGGAAAAGAAAGACAAGGAGGAUGACAAGCUGAAAGAUGAAGAAGAGGAAGAAGAUGAAGAGGAAAAUGAAAGUGGUAAUGACAGUGAUGUUAUGGAAGAGAUUCCUGAUGAGGAGGACGACAAGCACUUAAAUGCAGAGGAAGCCUCCAAGACUCUGGAACUUCUUCAGCGGCAGAUGAAUCAAGUCCGGCAAGAUUUAUUUGAAACAGCCCAGCAAGUCCGUGGCUUUAACUGUGGACAAGAUAGAUAUCAGCGGACAAUGUGGGUGUUGCCACAUGCCGGAGGUCCUUUCUUAGAGGGCCUCACAUCAUGCGACUACAGGGGUCGUGACCACUUUCCUAUUACUGUACCUCCGUCAAGUACUAAAGUUGGUUAUUCCAUAGAAGAAGUAAAGGCCAAGCUUCAAGAAGCCAAGGCAAAGAAAGAGAAGAAAAUCAAAGAGGAAAGAAAGAUAAAAAUGGAAAUAAAAGAAGAACCUCUUGUGAAGGAGGAGAAAAUGGAUAUUGUGAAGACUGAAAUUGAAGUGAAAAUUGAAAAGAAAGAUGAAACUUAUUCUGAAAGUGGAGACAAAGAAAGUGUUGAUGUGAAGCCCAUGAAUGGGAAAGUGAAAGAAGAAGAGGACAAUGAAGUGCCUGAUAUUCCAAAACGAACAGAAAAAUUUAAGGAAGAAUUGAAAAAGAAAGAGGAAUUGAAAAAUUCUGAUAAUCAGAACAGAUUGAAUGAAUCUAAAAUAAGUGAAAACACAAACAGUGAAGUGUAUUCAUCUUUAAUAAAUGCUGGACUUAAUCCAUACAUGAUUAAUGGUUUAAAAGAAGGAAAUAAUUCUACUAGUAAUGAAGGUAUUGAUCAAAAUCUCCUGGCUACAGGCUUAGGCUUAGUACCUGGUCAGUAUCUCAGGACAGAGCAUGUCACACAACGGGAAAAGUUAAGUUUUAGUCUCUUGCCUCGUAUCCCAUGUGAUGUAUCAUCCCUAGAAGCAUUACCCGGUGGACAGACUCCACAAGGUACCCUGAGGGGCUCCCCACGAGAAGCUUCACCUUUUUCGAGAUCUAGUGGACCACACAGCCCAGUUGCAAGUGUUCCUCCAAGCUCUUGUAACACUCCACUUGCAAGUAGUACUCCUGGGAGGCCGAGUACUCCAGGAUCAUCUAACACUCCAGUAGCAUUAAGCACACCGGGGGCGGUUAAUACCCCAUCUUGGACAGCUAACAGUGCGCCGGGAUCAACUAAUGCUUCAGAAAAUGGGUCCACACCAGUGACAGCAAACACGGCAGGAAGUGUACAAAGUUUACCGCACAAAGAGCUGUUAGAAAGAUUACACCAAACAGCAGAAGCGCUACCUAUUCCAGAAGAGUACAAAACAGGAUGGUGGCAUGUUGGGGACCUUGAGCAGCUUCGUGAAAUGAUUGCUGCAUUAAAUGAAAGAGGUGUAAGAGAACGAGAGCUUAAGCGCUUCAUUGAGAAGAAUCUUACUAUAGUAAAGAAUGCCCUUUCUAAACGGACACACAAAAACAGACUGGCUCUGGUGGCAUCCAUUGAUUGUGAAGCUGUUAACUUGGAUCCUGAAGCCGAGGAUGGUGAGAAAGUUGUCUAUGAUGAGUAUGGCACUCCUGUGGCUGAUGAUCCAUCCCAUUGGUUACCCGAGAGUGCUCUAAAAGUGGAUUUUCUUAUCCUAGAUGCUGUAUAUGCAAUGGAAGAGAAAAUAACAAAUGCUUCCAUGCAAAAUAAGGUAAAGAGCUGGCGCUUGGGUGACAGUGGAGAGAAGCAUGUAGGAGAAUUCCGUGCAUCUUGUCUUCAGCCUGUGGAUGAAAAUGAUAUUCGCCUUAAUCCCAUCCAUAUUGGCAGAGAAAGACUCCUAGCACUUGAAGAAGGUAUUGAAAGAAGAUACCUUAAACCUCCAUUAGGGGUUCCGCCUAACCCGAAGAAUGAAGGAACACCAGAAGUCAAAGAAUCACCCAAGGGUCUUCAAAUUUGGCGAGAAGCAGUAAGCAAAUCAGAGACUGCUGCUCAGCUAGCAAUGUGUACAUACAUGUUGGAAACAGCAGUUGCCUGGGAUAAAAGUAUUAUGAAAGCUGCUGGACAGUAUUGCCAAUUCUGCCAUAGUGGCGAUCACGAGGAGAAGCUGCUUUUGUGUGAUGGCUGUGACAAGGGUUAUCACACUCACUGCUUCAAGCCACCCAUGAAUAACAUUCCUGAUGGUGACUGGUAUUGUUAUGAAUGCGUGAACAAGUUCAGUGACAGUUCACAGCGGCACUGCCUAGUGUGUGGAGGGACUGAGGGUCGUACUCUGGUUCAUUGCUCUGUGUGUCCCCGAGCAUAUCACACAGGUUGCAUAACCCCUAACCUAGCCAAGGUACCACGAAACAAAUGGGUCUGUCCAGCUUGCACAAAUAAAAGCCCAAGAGGAAGAAGAGGCAGAACAAAGAAGGUCAGUGAGAGUAACAACUCCUCUGUAUCUGCAACCACAAAUGUAUCAACGGAAGUCAUGGAUACUCUUGAUGACUCUCAAGGUGUUGUUUCUCCUGCCACUACAUCCAAAAAGGAGCGUGUCAAUAAAAAGGGAUCGCCUGUUUCCUUCCCCGUCCUCCCUUCCAGAGACUCUUCACUGGUCGUCCCAGUCAUGCAACCUGUGCAGAAAGAACAGAAAGACUUGCAGUCAUGUAAGAGCAUCAUUUCGGAGUUGGAAGUUCACGAAGAUGCCUGGCCGUUUCUCCUUCCUGUGAACACUCGACAAUUCCCAACUUACAAAAAGAUCAUUAAGAAGCCCAUGGAUCUAUCUGCUAUCAAGAAAAAGCUAGAUGAUAACCUGUACAAGACACGAGAAGAGUAUUGUGAAGAUUUAAGACUCAUGUUCAAUAACUGCGAGACAUUUAAUGAAGACGACUCCCCUGUCGGCAAAGCUGGGCAUAACCUUCGAUCCUUCUUUGAAACGAAGUGGAAUGAACAUUUUCCACCUACGUAAGGUAACCACCUUUCCCAGUGGGAGCUGAAGGAAAAAUUUAAUAUUUGACAGACAUUGAAUAAUUAAGUGGCAUACUGCAAGCAAGUGAAUUUUGUGUAUUAUUGCAUAAUCAAAUUUUGGAAUAAAAUAAAUGCCCAUAUAAUGAGAUUCAUGAUUGUCACCUAACCAAUACAUAUAUAAUUUAUGCAAUGCAUGCAUUCACAUACAGUGUACACAUACACACACACACACACACAUGCGCACACACACACACACAAAGAAGCAAACCAAAGUAAAGAGCAUAUUUUCAGUUGAUCCUGUGUAGUACAAUGUAUUCUUUGUCAAGAGACUUACUACACGGCUUUCAUGUAUCUGUGACUUGAAAAUUAGCUGCAAUAUGUGCAGUAUGAAACAAGUGAUAUUGCAGGAGCUACAGAGGCCAUCCAUAUUGGUGACCAAAGACUGUGUGACUACUCAGAAACUACAGAUGGAGCUGCGGGAAGCUUGUCACACAUGUCUGUAGGGUCCUGUAGGAGUCUGACGCUGGGCUCUCUCUCCUAUUCCAAAGACUCAAGCGUUUGAGUGUGAGUGCAUGAACAUUAAUUUAAAAAUAAAAAAGAGUGAAUUAGUUACUCGCCUGAAGUGUUUACAGCAGUGUAGAUACGUGGACCUUUUUUACAAAUUAUCAUAAACCUUAUUUUUUAUUCUUUUUUUUUCUUUUCCCCCAUCCCCCCUUCCCCUGUGUAGAGCAGCUAUACAUGCUUCUGCCAGAUGUUGAAGUACAGUUUUUAAUAGUAAGGUCAGGUAGAGUUUUUUAUAUAUGGCAUUAAAGAACUGCGUAAGUGAUGUAGCAUUUUACAUAAACCUUCCAUUGAGUAUGUAAGAUGUAAAUGCUAAUAUCAGUAAAUGUACAGAUAAUUUCUUCAAUGUAUAUAAAUGGUGAGCAUGAAAGUGUUAGUGAGUGUGUAACUACAAAAUACUGAAACCCUUCCCAUCACACUGAUUCCCAUGACCUUCCUAUCAAUUUUAAAAUGUUUGGCAAACUCAGAUAAAGGGGGUAAGCACUAGAGUGUAGCUGCAAGUCUGAAGGUCCAUAAAUGGUGGUUGAUAAGUGGCCUUUUUGACAGUGCAGUAACAAAAGGCUUGAGGUGCACAACUUUGUAUGAUAUAGAAAUGUUUAUUGUUGGAAAACAAAUACACAGAAUUAAGGUGUACUGUACUUUACAUGUGAAAAUAGCUUCUUUUAAGUUGCAUAAAUGACUGCUAAUAAAAUAAAUCUAACAUUUAAUUUUUUAUCAUGAAAACAUUACUUUGAAGUGCUUGAUAAAAUAUCUCUUGUUUUUACUUCUUGGUUUUUAUUGCUGCUGCAGUGGAUAUCUUGCUGCGUGUUGAACACAAUGAAGAGAAUUAUUAUCGAAGUCUAAAUAUACUGCAUUAAUGCUCAGAUCUCAUAUAUAAACCUCUUCUUAGUGGUGUGAUGAACAGUUUACUUACAAGUCAGUUAUUUUACUUAUAGUAAAAUUCAAGUUUUUCAAGUUCAUUUAGUUGCAUUUAGCUAUUAAAUGUCCUAAAUUAUAUAUUGGUGAUAAAAUAUGUUUUAACUACAUUCAGUAAAACAGCUGAUUUCAUGUACAGUGUGCAACUGCAAUAUGUUUGAAUGAUUAAAAGAAAAUUAUUUUGAGAGUAGUGGUAUGAAGUGAAUCAUUUAAGGUAAGUUUUUGAGAUUCCAGAAUGUAAUAACUAUUGGACAGGUUGACUUUCAAGACAGGAAAUGCGUGCUCAGACUGAAAUCAGGUAAGUAUGUUGGAUUACUCUUCUUUUAAGGCAGCUAGGAAGCAAGUGAUGGUGAGACUACUUGUUUUGGUCUCCCAGCCAUGGUGGGAAAUGACUCAUGUUUUAAAAAGAAAACCACAAUUAAAUACUGUAUCAGUAGUGCUUUGUCUAUUAGUAACAUUAUGUAUUGUUGUUAUAUGAGUGUGGAUUUUUUUUAAUUAGUCUAUAUCCAGAAAAAUUUGUAAAAAUCUCCAUAGUUGUUUUUGCCUGUGCAGAUUUUUUAUCAGUAUGUCUGUCUUGUACAAAUGUUCUUAAUAUUCUUACAUAUUGAAAUAUUGCAGAUAUAAUAUUUUCUAAAGUGCUAAAACAUUUAUACUUUUGGCAGUUUUGCAAUUAUUCCUUUAGUAUUGGUUUAGCACUCAAGUAAUACUCACUGAUAAGGUGAAUUAAUAAUUUAUUAAUUGAAUUUAAAAAUAAUUUAAAACUGCUUAUAUAAAAUGCAAGAUAUUUAAAAAAUAAAAGAAAUGUAUGGCCAUCAACAAUAACAUUGAAACAAAAAUAUUUAAAACAAAUCUCUUUUAAAUUAAUGUGGUUAUGGAAACUUUAAAGUUGAGGGUAUAUUCCAGAGAGAGAGAGAGAGAGAGAGAGAGAGAGAGAGUGCAACAGCUUGUCCUGUAGCCCUUAGUUACCAAUUUUAAUUCUCUGCCAAAGUUAUAUUUUGCAAAGCAAAUUAAUUUUUAGCCAUUCCAUAUUAUUUCAUUAGUUUUUUUCAAAUGUUUACCAACAGCCUCUUACAUUACUUUGUAUCUUAAAAUUAAAUUGGUACAUACAUUUAUGUCACAGAAAAUUUGUGACAAGUGACAGAAAAUUAUUUGUCUUUGCUUUCGGUUCUCCAAAAAAGAACAUGGAAUCAGCUGCUUUAAAGGGGAAUCAGAACAAAAUGUUUUGGAUACUAUAUAUAAUUUACUGGUACUUUUUAUUAUUAGAAAAUGUAUAGCCUUAACUUUCAUUUAUGAUUUUGAUUUGAAAAAGGGAUGUAUGGCCAUUUUGGUGUAGGCAUUCUGUAAGCAUACCUCAUUUUAGUGGCUUUUUUAAUAUGAAUAUGCCUGAAACCUAUCACAAGUAUAAGGUGCGGAUAUGGAUAAUGGAGGUACAUAGUAGCUUUUAUGUCAGCAUGACAAGACCGAGCCCAAAACCACCACCUGCCUUACUUUCAACUCCUGGGCCGAAUUCAUAAAGAAACCCUGCAAGGGUGGAAAGGAACAACCAGGUUACCAAAAUUCUCUAUGACUAGCCUGGAACACUAGUUUUACUGAAUUCGGGCCCCAAAUCUUUUUUUCCAUCUCUGUCCAAUCAUAACCCUUCAUCAUUUCUGUUAUUUUCCAAUAAAAUUAUAUUUUUUAUUUAUUUGAAAUAUUCUGCAUCUACUGAUUUUAUGCUACAUGUUUUAUAAGACAUUUACUAUGAAUACAGUAUAUAUAAGGGUAUAUGUAUGUACAGUAUUAGUGAUGAACAGAUUAGGAGUAUGAGUGUUCAUCAGUUUGAGGGGUACUGAGAACACAAGCAGAGUAGAAUAUGUUUAAGCAAAAGCAAAAAAGAGAUUAAUGACCAACAUUUUCUUGUUUCUUUCAAUUGCCAAAGUCUUUUAUUCUCUUGGUUCUAUUUACUUUUUUUAAUUUAUAUCCUUACAUCAAGAUUAUUUAAUAUUGCAUUGAUUGUUUGUUAUUGUGAAUCUUGAGGAUCAUUUUGCUUGAUACUAAAAUGGCCCUUUAGUCACUAGUGCAAAAGGCCCUUUCCAUAUUUUCUCAUGGGUAUGAUUUGGCAGGGAUAAACAUCUGUAAAUAUGUGCUGUGUAGUAGCCGAAGUAGAAAUUAAUGCAAAUAUUUAUUUACAUGUAGAGUAGAGGCUAUGCAGUGAAUCUGGAAAUACAAGAAAAAAUAUAGUCUUCUGUGUAAUUAGAAUAAUAUUUUUAGAUACUUUAUGAAUAAGAUAUUAUUUUCAUGAUACAAGCCUGGUUUUCUUCCAGUCUUGAGUGUCAGCAGCUCUGUAUAAUAUGUAUUAAGUGUACUGGCCAAAUCAUUAGUUGCUAUGAGAGAUAAAUAAAAUCCAUUUAAUUGCUAUUCUAAGCAGCCACUCUGGGAAAGUGUUUGGUUGCCUUUGGGAGCUGCCCUGUGUGCCAGCAAUGUAUGUUUGUUGGUUGUUGAAUGUUAGUGGUUGUCAAGUUAUGUUGGCUGCCAAGUUUGACCCUCUAGUAGUUCUGGGUACCUGGGUGGUGACUUAAAAAGAGUUAGGCCUCUCAACCCCUUCCCUUCUUUCAGUGUGUAUUUAAUUGUGCCGUGUUUAGUAAAGGACGCCUUGCCAAACUUGGGGUCUCAGUGACUUGUUUCUACACACAUAAUGUUACUUUGAUCUUAAGUUUGAGGUAGUUCAUUCCGAUGCAAGUUCUAGGAUGUGGAGGAGCAUUUGCAUCAGCUUGCCAUUCUUUAGUAUGGUUCAUUAAAUUACAUAAACCAACAAUUUGGCCAUCAAAUGUGUUCCUACCCUUUAAGUAUAGAUGAAAAUGAGAGUUGUGACUACUAGCAAAAAUUGUUUUAUGCAUGUUCUAAUACAGUCAGCAGAGGGAUGACAUAAAAUAAUUCAGGUCAUAAUUGUUAGCAACUGUAAAGAAAUAAGCAGUUGUAGUCCUUGACCUCACAAUACCAUUUCCUAUUUUUAUCACUUGGUGGCAGCCAGCAGGAAUCCUAUUGAAGCACAAAUUUAAAUCUAGAAUUGCCAGUUAAGUUAAUUUAUUGGCAAUUAGCCUAUUGCCCCAUUUAUUUAUUUUUUUGUAUGGAUAUUACAUUCAUAUUUUAUUAUAUAUUUGUACAGUGUGUGUACAUGUUGCAGGUGACAAUUCAACAGCUGUUGAAUGGUUUAUUUCUUUUCACUCCUCCUUUAUCACAGUCAAGGAAAGAGAUGUCAAAGACAAAAUUAAAAUAAAGAAACACAGAAAUAGUUCCAGUGCAAAGAGUAGCAGGAUUAGGAAUUAAGAGGUUAACCUUUGUUUACAUAUUGAGGGCAAUUGCAAUCAUAUUCUUUAACUAGUAUUUUAUGUACAGUCAGUAGAUGUGUAUUUAUGUGCUCAGUUUUAGAUAGUGAAAAUUAUGGUUAUUGUAAGUUGGAAGGCUUAUACCCAAAGUUAAAUUUUAUUAAGUUAAAUUCUUCUUUGUUUAAAUUUUUUCAUGGGGUAAAUAGCAUCAAAUAUAACUAAAUCACUAAAUAUUUUACAAGCAUUACACUGUAGUGCAAAAAAAUAAAUUGUAAAGGAUGGCCUUUGAAAUAAUUUAUUAAGUUGACUUGGCUUCAGUCAAUCUUGUUUAUAUGGAGGGCAGAAAAGGGGCCUGUUUUAUUGGCCUCGCAUCGUUCAUUCUUCAUUUGUUGUAUACAAACAGUUUCAACCUUUGUACAGCAUCUAGUUCGUAAUAAAGUACGUCCAAGAA